AUGUCUUCGACAGCUGAGAGCAACCCGCCAUCUGGCGAGAGCUCCACGUCAAGUGGCACAACACCAGCACCCUCAACAGCAACCACCGCCACCACCGGAUCUCAGACGAGCUCAACGGCUGCGCCUGCCACCACCGCGGCGCCUGCUGCCGCUUCUACUGCUGCCGCGCCGGCGGCAUCGUCCUCGUCCUCGGAUGAGACCCUUGUCUGCCGCUGGGGAAGCUGUAACGACCGCUUCACUGCCGCUGAGUCGCUCUACGAGCACAUCUGCGAACGCCAUGUAGGCCGCAAGAGCACAAACAACCUCAAUCUUACCUGCCAGUGGAACUCGUGUCGCACCACUACCGUCAAGCGCGACCAUAUCACCUCCCACAUCCGUGUGCACGUUCCCCUCAAGCCGCACAAGUGCGACUUCUGCGGCAAGUCGUUCAAGCGUCCCCAGGACCUGAAGAAGCAUGUCAAGACUCACGCAGAUGACUCUGUCUUGGUCCGCUCUCCUGACCAGCACGCCGGACUAGGCGGCGGCUACAGAACCCAGGCCAAAGCUCCCUCCAGCUACUAUGAUCACAAUGGCCAGAUCCGUACUAACUCGGCUGCCUUUGGCCAGCCACACCAAAACGGCCAUCCUAGCAGCUACUACCAGCACCAGGCGCCCUCGUUCGGCGGUCCCAUGUACUACCAGCCCCUGGGCAGCCGUGGUGACCACCACAUUGGCUACAACACGGCUGCUGCUGAGUACGACAGCCGCAAGCGCACCUACGAUGUGCUGAACGAGUUCUUUGGAGAUGCUAAGCGCCGUCACCUGGACCCGGCCUCGUACGCACAGGUUGGCCAGCGCCUCAUGCCGCUGCACGGCGCCCUCCCCAUUCACACCGGAUCCCUGGCCACCGAGUACAUGCCGGCGUCUGUUGCCGUCGGUGGUGGUGGCGGCGGUGCUGGUGCUCACGACCCUUACGCCCAGCACUACUCCCUGCCUCCCAUGCCCAGCAUUCGCACCAAGAGCGAUCUCGUCCAGAUCGACCAGAUCCUGGAGCAAAUGCAGAGCACUGUCUAUGAGAACUCGAACACCGCCGCUGCCGCCGGAGUCCACCAGCCUGGCUCGCACUACAUUCCUCUGGGCUUCAGACACAGCCACUCGCCACCUCACACGACUGGUGCGUCGCAGUCGGCGUUGCCCGCCUACUCCCAGGCGGCUGUGGCAUCCCCCCUGACCGCUGUGUCCUCCACCCACUCCAAUGGCACCCCUGCCGUCACUCCGCCUAGCAGCAACCUGUCCUACACAUCUGGACACUCGCCCAGCGCGUCCUCGUCUGGUCUGUCGCCAACUUCGCGCCACAGCUCGACAGCCUCCCAGCUGUACCCCACACUGCCAGCCGUGACCUCGGGCUACCCCGGCCAGUCCGCCACCUCGACUCUGGGUCCUACCUUUGACCCUGACCCUCGUCGUCGUUACUCUGGCGGCAUGCUGCAGCGCGCCAACGCCGGGCCCAGACAGCUGGAGGACCGUGACAGCACUCCCAAGCCUUCCGAGUCCGUCGUCAGCUCGCCGUCUGCUGACUCCGAGUCCGGUGGUGAGGACCAAGUGUACGAGUCUUGGCUGGAGAACAUCCGUGUGAUUGAGUACUUGCGCGAGUACGUCAUCGACCGCCUCAAGCGCGAGGACUACGAUGCCGACUCCCCUGCCUCGUCGGACUCCAUGGACGUCGACUCGCCCCCAAGACAGCCUGCUUAUCCUACCCUUCCGUUGGACGCGUGA